AUGAGUGUAUUUGAACUUGGCAUUCCUCACGGCACUUACAAGGUGACAGCUCUCCCCGGCCUGGAUCAGAAGAAGCGUGGCGGCCACAGAGCUUGCUGCCUGCUGACGCCCCCUCCGCCCCCAUUAUUCCCCCCACCGUUCUUCAGAGGGGGCCAAAGUCCGCUUCUCUCCCCAGACAUGAAGAAUCUCGUCCUCGAGCUCAAGACCACACAGUCUCCAUGUGUGCAGGGAUUGCUCGGCUCCCCUGGGCCCCCCGGCCCUCAGGGUCCACCGGGGCUUCCUGGCAAGACAGGACCAAAGGGAGAAAAGGGGGAGCUUGGCCAACCAGGAAGGAAGGGUAGACCUGGACCCCCGGGUGUUCCCGGCAUGCCUGGGCCCAUCGGCUGGCCAGGCCCUGAAGGACCCAGGGGUGAAAAAGGUGACCUGGGUAUGAUGGGCUUGCCAGGAUCAAGAGGACCACUGGGCUCCAAGGGCUACCCCGGAUCCAAAGGGGAAAAGGGAUCCAGAGGUGAAAGGGGUGACUUGGGUCCCAAAGGAGAAAAGGGGUUCCCGGGAUUUCCUGGAAUGUUGGGACAGAAAGGUGAAAUGGGCCCAAAGGGAGAACCUGGGAUAGCAGGACACCGGGGGCCCACAGGAAGACCAGGAAAACGAGGCAAGCAGGGGCAGAAGGGAGAUAGUGGAGUUAUGGGCCCACCAGGCCAGCCUGGGCCUUCUGGUCAACCUGGUCCUCCAGGCCCCCCAGGUCCCUUGGGCCCCCCAGCCACAGGACAACUUGUAAUGGGACCCAAAGGAGAAAGAGGAUUUCCUGGGCCUCCAGGAAGAUGUCUUUGUGGACCCCCCACGAAUGUGAAUAACCCUUCCUACGGGGAAUCUGUGUAUGGUUCCAGUUCCCUCCGAGUUCCUGUGAUUUUUGUGGUGAACAACCAGGAGGAGCUUGAGAGGCUGAACACCCAGAAUGCCAUUGCCUUCCGCAGAGACCAGCGAUCUCUGUACUUUAAGGACAGCCUUGGCUGGCUCCCCAUCCAGUUGACCCCUUUCUACCCUGUGGACUAUACUGCAGACCACCACGGCACCUGUGGGGAUGGGGUCCUGCAGCCCGGGGAGGAGUGUGACGACGGUAACAACGAUGGGGGUGACGACUGCAUCAGCUGUCACCGGGCCUACUGUGGAGACGGUCACCAGCACAGGGGCGUGGAGGACUGCGACGGCUCUGACUUUGGCUCCCUGACCUGCGAGACCUAUCUCCCCGGGUCGUACGGAGACCUGCAGUGCACCCCGUACUGCUACAUUGACUCCACGCCCUGCCGCUAUUUCACAUGAGGGGCACGAAGAGAAGG